AGUAGUACUCUCGUUGCCGCGUGCAUUACGUUCGAUAUCAUAUUCCGAAUUAUUUUCUCAUUUGAGAAAUCGUCCGAUUAAUUAUCCGUGAUUUUCUUCGAAGGAGAUGCGACUAAAUCAGAUCGAAUCUUUGCUUUUCGAUCGACGAUUCUAAGUGACCCGAAGAAAUUUAUUUUCAAUUAAAGAAGAGAGGUUAUCUGCGUGUCGCACGAGCUUUCUACGUUUAUCAAAAUGACGGUUUUACAAUCCUGUUGGUCUCCGUGCAUUUGGACGAAUAAUGUUAAAACAGGAUCCAAAGUUAUUGCAGUUUAUACGAUGGCACUAAGUAUCGUAUUUAUUACCUUAAUAUGUUAUCAAAUGAACGGUGGAGAUUCUACACAGUUGUACAAUCCUCUUUUUGAAGCAGAUAUCAGAGGAUCGAUGCAAGUUGUAGGAAGUUGUUUGAUCGUUUAUUUUCUACUUCUUACCAUUUCCGCCGCUUUAAUGAUAUAUGGGAUACGCGAAGGUGUAAGAGGAUGGUUGCUACCAUGGUUAAUACUAUGGUUUGUCAUUUGCGUUUUCCUUUUAGUAUUUGGAUUAUGGCUAUUAGGAGGAUAUUAUAUUUAUUUGGACUCUGUAUUUGCUACGCUAUGUAUGUGGCUUUGGAUGUCAUAUAACAUUUACUGUUGGUUAGUCGUCUACUCCAUGUAUAAAGUAUUCGAAGAAUUACAAUCUCCUAAUAUUGAACUACUUUGGCCGUGAAAGACGAAGCAGUAGUUUGUACGUUUCUAAAGAAGAUAACGAAGAUUUCCUGUCUACUUCGUAAAAAAGCCCGACGCCAACGACGACGACGACGACACCGACGACACCGACGAUGACAACGAAGGACAACGACGACGACGACGACGACGACAACGACGACGGAAGUUCUCCUGCGAGUUUUUGUGAAAUGCUCUCACGUAUAACGAGUGCAAAGCGUUCCGCGAACUCGAGCAUUGGUACAAUGUCAUUUCUUGUCUUAACAAAAAGAAUCGAAGGGCCUGUUUCCUACGGAAACGCGUUGCCUUAAUGAAAAGGUAUGUAGAAAAGAAAAUGACGCAUACCAUGACUUCUCCGGUCUAAUCAAGGAAGUUUCUUUCAAAACUGUUAGAGUACGUGUCGUUUAUAUGGAAAAAAAAAAAAAAAACCAAUGAAAUAUAUUUUUUUCGUAUAUCAUUUCGUUCAGGAUCGAAUGAUCGCUUAAGAAUUUUCCUGUAAAAUCGAUCGGUUUAUUCGAAGAUUUGUGUCGUUUUUUCUUUUUCUUUUCUUUUCUUUUUUUUUCAAGAAAAAAAGAGAGAGAGAAAGAGAAGAAGGGAGAUAAGUAGAAAGACGAACGCAACCCUUCUAAGGAAACUUGCACCCUGCUUGGUAUCCGAGGUAUCCCCAUAGAAAACGUUUCUCGCAUUUUGAUCAGCCGGGUUCUCCUUGAACUUGAUUCGAUCGGCGCUUCUCCUCGUCGAACGGAUGGAUACGACAGAUAGGAACGUCGAAAGCAGAGGAAGAGAAGAGGGAGGGUAUGAGGAAAGGAAGAGGGUGUCUUCUUCGAGUUCUCUCGUUCGAUUCAUCGUCCGACGAAGAAGGAGGAAGGGACAAGAUAAAAAGCUACUCAAUGGACUCGCUCGGAUACUUGGAGAACUCGCAUGUGUAGAAGAGAACACGACGACCUACUAUUCUCCUUAUGUGACAUUCCCUACGAAGUUCUUCGAUGAAAAAAGAAAAGAGAAAUAUCGAAGCGAGAUUUUUUUCGAUACGAGUGGAAAACGAGAUAAUAGGUGGGUGGUAGAUAAGAGGAGGAGAGGGACUGUACGUCGACCACGUGUUCGAAGAAGAGUUUUCAUACAAGACGGCUGGCUGGUGCCGUGAAACAGCUGAGAUGGAAGGUGCGACGAAGAUGAACGUAAUCUCAUCAGGAAGGAAGAAGGAACACGAAGGGACGAAGCUCGUCGUCUCUCUGAUGCUUCGACAUUCACGCACGUCGCUUCUCCUGCCACUGGAUUAUUCGACUCGUCGUCGUGGGCGAGCACGUGGACGCUCGCUAUCCUUCUCCUUCUCUUCUUCAACUUUGUUUUCAUAUUGGGAUCUUCCGCGAGGAUUGGCCGAUUCGCCGGAAAAGAAGCUUUCUGCGAUAUUUGGGAACAAUGUGCCAGGCUGGAAAUAGACGACAACGACGACAACGACGACAUCGACGACAUUGACGUUGACGACGACGACGACGACGAAAAAAUUCUUGCUUUUUAUUUCUCCUCACCGGAAGUACGAGCAACCGAAAGGAAGGAAACGAGUUAAAGAAGAAAAUAUUUUUGUUUGGGACAUAUGUGUCUUAUUUAAUUCGUACUUAUUUAUUGUUAGCUUCGUUUAAUUUACUUUCUUUUUCUUUUCUUAUAUUUUUAAUAUAUUCCGAAUGUUUCGAAAUAUUUAAAGAUGAUUGCUAAAUGAUUAGAAAUUAUUAUUUACAGCAAUACUGUAUAUGUAGUUUCUGACAAGAGUUAUGAAAGAAGGUAAUCGUUCGUCUUUUUUAACACGCAUUAUGAGAUAGCACGAUGUAUGCGAUAUUAUCUCGUUUUGUUAUAUUUAGUUUCAAUCUAUGUAUUUCGGAAGAUAAAGAAUAUAUAAAAAUGGGCGUACGAUU